CCAUCAUUCACCUUAAUUCAAGCAUAUUCUGCCCUUUCUGCCCUUCUUUUGACUACCUGCAUCGCCUGCGCGUGGCCCUUUGUUUGGUGAUUCCAACCUGCGCUGUGGGGAUGCGCACGUGACUCCGUUUGGUGCCUUUCACAAUCUCCUUCUCGAAAUGACCUUUCCGAGGCCGAUUAUACUUAUACUUCCCCCCUUUCGAUUGAAAUCACCAAGUCGACUCUUGCCGCCUGGACGUAUGCUAAGCAUUUCUCCUUGAUGGUCAAGGGAGUGUGCAUCAUCGCUUCGGAAAAGACUUUGCAGACAUGCCUGAAGAAGUGGGUGCCGAAAACUACCAAGACAUCUUUCAUUGGGCGGAGACCCAGAAAGAUGGCGCCAUUCCUUCGUUUGCUGUUCGUAAGAACGAUCCCUAUGAGUAUUUGAGCGGUUUCAACAACAGCUUUGAAUCAGAAGCCAUACCAGGAACCAUUCCCCAGGGCCAGAACAGUCCCAGAUGCGUUCGCUUUGGUCUAUACACAGAACAGAUGACGGCGUCAGCGUUCGUCGCUCCUCGCCACUCGAAUAAGAAAUCUUGGCUUUAUAGAGUCCGCCCAGCUGUGGCACAUCAAGGUUUUACGGACAUGCCAGACAAUCCGGACACUGAGGCAAAUUUCCUUCCUCUCAACCCUCGCGUGCAUGUGUCGCCACAGCAGGUUGCCUGGUUGCCUUUUGAAAUUCCAGCUGGUUCGGACGUAGACUUCGUCUCCGGUUUGAAGACUGUUGCAGGCUCUGGGGAUCCCAGUCUCCGCGAAGGCAUUGCCACACAUGUCUACAUGGCCAAUAAGAGCAUGGACAAAAGAGCUUUUGUGAACUCUGAUGGGGACUUUCUUAUUGUCCCCCAACAAGGCAGCUUAGAUAUUCAAACCGAAUUUGGACCACUCUUUGUUCAACCUGGGGAGAUUGUUGUCAUACAACGCGGCCAACGAUUCCGUGUAGAGCUGCCGGACGGUCCUUCCCGCGGUUACAUCUUAGAGAUCUGGGGAGCAAACUUCGAGCUGCCAGAGCUCGGCCCACUCGGCGCCAAUGGGCUUGCGAAUGCCAGGGACUUCUUACAUCCGAAGGCACAGUACGAAGUGAAGAAGGAGAAAUGGGAAGUUGUUUAUAAGCUUAGCGGCAAAUUCUUCUACAGUACGCAAUAUCACUCGCCCUUUGAUGUUGUUGCUUGGCACGGGAACUAUGUCCCAUACAAAUAUGAUCUGACAAAGUUCGUGAAUAUCGGGUCAAUUUCCGUCGAUCACAUCGACCCGUCAAUCUUCUGCGUCCUUACCGCGAAGUCUCGUGACCCAAUCGCGCCUUUGGCCGACUUCCUGAUCUUCUCUCCACGCUGGGAUGUUGCAUCUCACACCUACCGGCCACCAUAUUACCAUCGGAAUGUUGCCUCCGAGCUUAUGGGGCUCAUCUAUGGAGAGUACGGCGGCCGCUCAGAUGAAUUUCAACCUGGCGGUGUUUCCUUUGAAUGCGGCAUGGUACCUCAUGGAGUCGCUUAUGCAGAAUUCAAAGAAGCUUCUGCAAGCCCGCCGCCCCUGAUGCAGAUAUCUAAGGGAGCUAUUGCUAUCAUGUUUGAGUCGAGCCGGCCUUUUACUAUUACUGAUUGGGCUUGGUCUAGCGACAAGAAGCACGAACAUGACCCCAAAAUGUGGGAUGACCUGGUUGACAAUUUCUCAACACAUGCAAAGGAAGUUGAGCAGAUGUUGCAGAAUGAGACGAGCCAGGCGCUCAAAGCUAAGAAUAGAAAUUGAAUUGGUUUUGGAUAUGAGCGGGACUUGGGGAACAUGGGCCGUAUUUCAUUGUAGCUAGC